AUGAGUGUGCCGCCCCCGGCCGGCCGGCGCGAGAGAGAUGGGAGAUCGUACGCCAGCGUGACGCAGAAACGCCCGAAGUUCCGUCUGUUCGCUUUGUGCAUUGUCGCCAUACUGUGUGUGGGUGUGAACCGCACUUCUCCGUACUCGAUACAGGACCAUGAGAGUGUGUCGCCAAGUGUUGCCUUGUCACGAGCAAAACUUGCGCGAUUGAGCUCGUACAUGACCUUGCGUCGGUCAAGUAGCCACGACAUGUUUGCCAUUACGCGUGCUCGAGCCACCUCGUAUAGAAGCGACCGUUACGAAUUUUGUUUAAGGCCUUUCGUUGCGAAUUGUGCCGUCCAUUGCCGUUCGCGCGUCGACCGUUAUUAUCCUGUCGACCGUUGGGCUCCUGUCGACGUUGUGUGUGACCAUUACCUUUGCUACAAAACGUUCCGCCCGCAUCUUCACCGUCGUCAAGUCACUUCCUCUAGCUUGUUCUGCACUCGCCACCACGACCGCACCAGCCCCGGUCGCCCAGAUUGA